UCUGAGUCCCAUGCGUGCCAGCUCAAAAGUAAGGACAGUAUUCGAGAACGUAUCCGGCAGAGAAGCUCAAGAAUAUUGUCACUUUUGGGCAUUCGCAACCCUACUCAAGGCAAUGCUCAAGGCAGUGACGAACCACGAUCCGGAUGACCCUCACACUAUUGAGAACGACCGCGUUCCAUUGCAGUCUUUCCCUUCUUUCCCAGCUCCCAUCGAAAACGAACAGAACGUGGAAGAUUCCGAGCAAAGGACAGUCUUACAUCAAUCUCCGUCUGGAAGUUAUAGUCCUGCUGGCAUCACUGACUCCAAUGUCAACCCGUUGGAAGAUUCAUCUCAUAAUGCCCAAGCCGCCCUGGAGGCUACACAACAAUCAGGAACCACCCAAGCCUGUCAUGCAAUCGUGCGACCAAGCUCCAAGCGGUUGGCGGAGGUCUUGAAACGAAGCCAGUCGACACCUACAGCACUUACGCACAUUGUGUCGACCAAGCUAUCAACCACUUUCGGGAACCCCACGGUCAUACGUCGUUCACAUCUUCGUUCGCGGCCCACUUUUCAGGUACCUCAGUUUCCAAGCCCACUCCUUGCUCCUCCUCCUUUGGACAAGCAAGGUGAUAGUGCUCAGGAGAGCUCCGAUCCCCAGACCUCACCAGAGGAAAGUGUAUCACCGAGUAGCACACGCUCCACGCUCAACACGACUCCCCCCACCACCCCUCCUAAAUCCGGAGAGCCGUCAGGAGGCUCAAAGCAGGACCUUCUAGAUGUCGAACAGGUAAAAGAAGUAACGCCACCUCCGAGUAACAACGAGUGCCCUCACGUCCAAGCGGUCGAGUGCUCACUCGGUCAGUCACCGUCAAUUAUUACCGUGGAAGCUGCCGCCAAUGCAAAGGUAUUCUUCGAGACAUACUUCAACUCCCUGUUUUGUGGAGCGGAUCUUCGCUCGCAGCGCCAGCACGAGCUCGAGCAGUACAUAUAUGGCCUCCCAUUGGCACCCGAAGAACGGGCGAGAAUUUGGGAAAAUUGGAUCACCCAGGAACGACAGUAUUUGCGUCAGUGCCGCGUCCUGAAAAGUCAGUCGCACUGUGGCCGACAGGACGAAGCGGUCUCUCUUGCCGGAUUCGAAGCGAUUAAGGUUCUAGGAAGGGGAAGCUUCGGGAUCGUGCGGCUGGUCAGAGAGAAGAAGGCAGUUGAAAGCGUUAAGAAGGAUGUCUUCGCGAUGAAGGUAAUUCGAAAGUCUGCAAUGAUACGCAACAGUCAAGAGGGCCAUCUGCGAGCUGAGCGAGACUUUCUUGUUGCGUCUGCCAAAUCUCGUUGGGUUGUGCCAUUGAUUGCAAGCUUCCAGGAUCGUGACCAUCUCUAUCUUGUUAUGGACUACAUGGUGGGCGGAGACUUCCUAGGGUUGUUGAUGCGCCAAGGGAUCUUGCCUGAAGGAAUCGCUCGAUGGUACGUUGCGGAGAUGAUUCUCUGUGUCGAAGAGGCCCAUCGGCUGUGCUGGAUCCAUCGCGAUGUCAAGCCAGACAACUUUCUCAUAUCUGCGUCUGGGCACCUGAGAAUUUCCGACUUUGGGCUGGCCUUUGACGGGCACUGGGCUCAUGAUCAAGUGUACUACAACGAGCAGCGAUACUCCUUGCUCAGGAAGCUGGGCAUUCAAGUGACUGGGGACUCUCAGGAUAGAAGAGAAGCACGAAAGCCACCAAAGACAUCUAUCCAUGAAAAUCGAUCUGAUUCCGACUGCACACCACCCUCAAUGGGUCUGCUUGGAUGGCGUGACCGCACCCAGAAGCGCCGGCUCGCCGCAAGCGUUGUCGGGACUAAUCAAUACAUGGCACCGGAAGUUGUUCGGGGUGAGCUAUACGACGGCCGGUGUGACUGGUGGAGUAUUGGCAUUAUACUAUACGAGUGUCUCUAUGGCUUCACGCCCUUUGCUUCACAUGAUCGUCAGAAGACGAAGAUGAAGAUACACCAUCACCACGAGACGCUCUGCUUCCCCGCCAGCAGGACCUCAGAUAAGCGAAUCUCGGCCGACGCAAUUGAUCUUAUAAACUAUCUACUCCAAGAGAAAGAGCAUCGCCUGUCCUCAAGCAAGUACAAGGUCAACGACUCUCUGACUUCCCGGUUGCCAUCCCGGCAUUUCUUCUAUAACAUGGAUCAUCGUAGCAAAAACUACAAGGGCUUGUAUGUCUUCCCAAACGACGCGACAGACAUCAAGAACCAUGUUUUCUUUCGCAACACCAAGUGGGACGAGAUACAUCAAUCUGUGCCGCCGUUCAUUCCUAAAGUGAAAGGCUGGGAGGAUACUAGAUACUUCGACGAUGCAGGAUACGAUGGCGACCAUGACGACGUCUCUGUCAUGUCGGACCCGGAUCACCCAGACGAUGAGAGUGAGAUUGAGGAGCCAGUUCAAGUCCAAGUUGAAGCUUCCCUGCCCCAGGCAGUAGGUCGACAGAUCGCACUCGGUCCGACCCCAGAUCCAGGGCCAGGGCCGGGGCCAGCCUCUCCGCCAAAGGAUCGCAAGAGGAAGGAGCGGAAACGCCCGCGGGAUAAGCUGCUACGUGACCGUCAAAUGCGAAGGACGGUGCUUGAGAUGCGCAAGAAAGGAGCAUUCCUGGGCUACACCUAUCGCCGUCCCAAGUCCGUGACAGUAGCCCUGACUCCUGAUCGGGGUCGACACCGUCUGGGGCGAGGCCAGCUGUCGGAACUCUAUGGCUCGUAGCAUUUGUUGGUCUGUCGGGCAGCCUCGUGGAUUCUCUCAAACUAAGCACCGGCAUGAGGAAUGUGAACUCC